AUGGGAAAUAGCUUAAGGUGUUGUUUGGCUUGUGUUCUUCCUUGUGGAGCACUAGAUUUGAUCCGAAUAGUGCAUUUGAAUGGCUGCGUAGAUGAGAUUACACAUUCAAUCACAGCAGGAGAAGUUCUCAAAGCUAACCCUAACCAUGUUCUAAGCAAACCAAGCUCUCAAGGCGUUGUUCGCCGGAUUUUGAUUGUUUCGCCGGAGACCGAGCUCAAGAGAGGCAGCAUUUACUUCUUGAUCCCGACGACGUCUUUACCGGAGAAGAAACGAAGCGGAUCGGUUGUCAAUGACUCUAACCUCAACACGAGAACGUCGAUGUCUUCGAAGAAAAGAAACAGUAAGUGUAGCAGAGAUAAAGAUCACGAUAAAAGUGGUGAUGCUGAUAAUUUUUACUCAUCAACCUCACAGUUACAAAAUAUGGAGAAGAAAUCAUCGCGAAGGGAUCGCAAGAAAGGUCGUGUUGGAAUAUGGCAACCUCAUUUAGCAAGUAUUUCAGAAGAUUAG